GGCGUCAGCGACUAUCCUUUGGAGAGGAAUCUUUUGAUAGUCGCCACUGGAGAGCCAUCUCUUGGCUGCAAGUACAACUCCGAACAACACUAUUCUUGCCGCAAAGCGGUUCCGUUUGUUUGGCAAAAUCGCAACAUGGCCACCCAGAGUGGAGUCGUGGUGCCUCGUAACUUCCGUCUGCUGGAAGAGCUGGAGCAGGGCCAGAAAGGUGUCGGAGACGGAACCAUAAGUUGGGGUUUAGAGAACGACGAUGACAUGACCCUGACCCACUGGACGGGAAUGAUUAUUGGACCCCCCAGGACGCCAUAUGAAAAUAAAAUGUACAGCCUGAAGAUAGAAUGUGGUCAGAGAUAUCCAGAAGAGCCUCCUAGUUGUAAAUUUAUUUCAAGAAUUAAUAUCAACUGCAUAAACAGUUCUAAUGGAGUGAUUGAUAGUCGAUAUGUGCCCGUUCUGGCAAGGUGGCAACGCGAAUACACGAUCAAAACGCUGCUUCAAGAGCUCCGACGCUUGAUGACCGUCAAGGAAAACAUGCGACUUUCGCAGCCACCCGAGGGCAGUUCCUUCUAGCCCCCGCGCAGUCCCCCUCAAUCCCCUUGCCUCACCCACUGACCCCCUAUCCGUGCUUUUUAAAUCAGGCCGGGACGACCCUCUCACAAGCCAAGGAUGCUUUCAGAUGCUUUUAUUUUUUAAUCGCACACAAAACAAAAAAGAAUCGAUGUGAGGGUGCGUUCCAGUUUUGUUCACAAACACACCCCUUCCUUACCUUUUUCCAUCCCUUGAUUUUGUUCUAAUAAUCCGUGCGUAAUUUUUUUUCCACCUCGCCCGCGAGGUAAAUUUGUGUAUUUUCUUAUCGGAAACGAAUUCUCAUUUUUGCGGAUGCGGACGAGCGAGCGCCCACCCCCUGCGCAUUUUCCGUUUUGGGAAAGCGGGGUCGGCAACAAUGGCGCGUGUACAUACUUGUAUAGGUUCGCUUUUAUUGUUAGACACGCUCUCACUGCAUGCACUUUUAAGAGCGCGCGCGUGUUAAUUUUUACUAUUACGAUCAUUACUACGAUAAUAACAUUAUGUGACUAAAUAAUUAUUACCGUGCAAAAAUGAUAGCGAGCAACAACAUCGGCCACCAAGGAAGGAUGUUAAUGACAAUUAAUAAACAUGAAUGGCGGAGAUAAAUGCAAGAGUUGUAAUUCUCAAUGUGUUUUUUAUU